GUUCCGGUCUAGACUUUAGUCAAAGUCAAGCAGUCGUUGACAUCAGUGUGAUUUUAUUAAAAAAUGGAAGAAGUCGAGAGUUUUAAAAAAAGAAGCGGAACCACGGAUAGGGGCAGGGAGUAUGAGGAUGUGGUUCUCGCUUUUGUUAUCCUAGAACUAGUAAAAGACGCCACAACAAAAAACUUUCAUGUUUCGUCGAAUGAAGAAGGGUUCGGAGCUUUUGAUGACAUAGUUAUUAAAACUGAGUCGGUUAAGGGAAACGAAAUAAAAGCAGUACAGCUAAAACACACCGAAAAUAGAAUAUUGUCCACAAAAAAUUUGAUGUCCAAAACAGGAGACUUCAGCAUUGGGAAAUAUUUCAAAACAUUCCAAGAAAUUAAGAAAGACGCAGACGAAUGCAUAUUAUUUACUAAUAGAACACUUAAGUGUGACGACAAUGCAUCAUUUCACCUGGAAGAAGAAGAAUUUUCUAUUGUUCCUGUUAAAGUAAAAGCUGCUUCGGAACUUGCUGAGAUAGAUUGUGCAUAUCAGUUUAAAAUAAUAGAAGAAGAUUGGAAUGUUGAAAUGCUUCUCAAAAUUCGAGAAUAUCAGAGGUUUUUUAAUAAAUUUUAUCUGUAUACCGAUCAAAAGAAAGUUGAAAUUCUAAAAAACAGUGUGGCUGAAAACUUCAAAACAACGUAUUAUUCGGAUCAGGAAAUAUUCGAAAAAUUCUUCAAGAGACUGUCUGAGUGGAAUAUCCAAGAAGGUAACAAAGUAAAGUUAAAUAAGAAGUGGACGGAACGUGUAAUCGCUCUACUGCUUCUAUCUUCCCAUAUUGAGCCCCUAUAUUUUGGCUCAGUUAAUAUCAACUCCGGUAACGAUAAAGUGAAACUAUUUCGAGAAGCCGUUUCCCUCUUCGACAUUACACUACUGGAAAAAGAAUCGUACGAAAAGCUUAAUCCAGUGUGGAAUGACAUUAAAAAAGAAAACAACUUUGACUUUACAGAAUUAAAUAAAGUGAGAAAAAGAUACUUCCCAGCACUCAGUUAUAUUGAUAAUAAAAACAUCGACAAAAUAGAUCCAAGGAUAUUUAUUCAACUAUUAUGGUUAACAGACAAGUGCCCAUUAAUAAUACGUCAACAUGAGAACGUCGAAAAGGCCAUCCAGCUCUGUCCCGAUAAAAAGUUCAUCCUAAUUGGCGAAGCCAAGAAUAAGGAAUGGAUGAAAAUUUAUUCCGUGUUCCAAAAUCUAUCAAACUUGAUUCGGAAACCCGAUUUAUGCGAAAGAAUCAUGCAAAAUUUUACCAUAUCGAUCCAAGAAAAGGGGGAACUUAAUCUUGCAACAGCUUUUGGAAACAGCGAUGAAGUUUUAGAAAGUGUGACAACGGACAACUUGGUGGAAAUGCUAAACGGUACGUGUUAUAUAGGCGGAGAGAAAGAGAUUCUUCCUGAACCCUAUAUUGAACGUAGUCUUUCCCGAAAUAUUAUUAACAUUAAAUACCUAGAAAAAUUUUGGGAAAACACAAUUAUCAUUUUAAAUUGCGCCGAUAAUUUUGAUAAAGUUAAAGACAAACUCAAGCAAUGUAAAUUAAUUGAUAUCAGUUACUUCUUACAGAUCAAAAAUCAGAAUUUUGAAAAUCAAACAAAUGAAUUUUCUGUGUCUGAAUCUAAUCCAACUCAGUAUAAAAAUAAAUUUAAUCCGGAUAAAUCAAAUUUUAGCAAUACAGUUUAUAUAAGUAACAGAAAUUUUAGUGAUUUAGAACUAGAACAAAUUUACAAUGAAAAUAGAGAAGCCAAACAAAUUCACUAUUUUAAACUUUCCAAUGAUUGUAAUUUAGAAUGGAUUAAAAGCAGAGGCGAUGUUGGUGAUUUAGAAAUUUAUAAGUUAUAUUAUGAUAAAUACUGUACGAACGAAAAUGAACUGUGGUGUUCUCGGUUAGAAAAUAACAUAAAUUUAAUAUGUGGCGAUCCAGGCAUGGGAAAAUCCGAGUUAAUGAAAAGCUGCAAAAAUAAAUGUUCACUGCAAUAUUGGACAAUUAUAAUUAAUCCUACCGAUGUGCACUCAUUUUUUUACAAUCCUCAGUUUUCUAAAACAACUAAAUAUACAGAUUUAUUUGAAAAAUUUAUCGUAAAUGAAAAAUGUCGGUCGCUCAAAAAAUUCGAACGAAGAUUUUUCGAAAUGUGUGUAGAGAAAAAUAAUGUUGUUUACGUGUGGGAUGCGCUCGAUGAAAUUAUAGGAGAACACUUAGAAGCCGUGUAUCAAAUAAUACUUAGAUUCUCAAUAAAAGGGUUCCUUCAGUGGGUUACCAGUAGAAGACAUUUAAAACCAUUUCUGGAAAAAAAGUUCAAUGUGUUGGCACAUAGUAUAAAUCAGUUUGACGAACAAGAACAACAAAAUUAUGUAAGAAAACGUUUAGCUUCUUUCAUUUCUGAAGACGAAAUUGAGAUCACCAUCGAAAAAAUUAAAUCAUCGUUCGCGAUUAUCGAACACGUUAAUAUAUUGGGAAUUCCGCUGCAAAUCUUUAUGGUUACUGAACUAUUUCGUCAAAACAAAGAUAAAUAUUUGAAACUAAUGGAAAAUAUAUUUCUCUUGACUGAUUUAUACGAAUACUUCAUUGAAGAAAAAUUUAAUAAUUUUUACAAAGAUAAAUUGGCGUUUGAUUUUAAAAAUCCUCACAUGGUUAAUAGAAUUCGCGACGAAAAACAGGAAAUUUUAUGUAAUUACGAGAGAGUGGCACUUAAAGUAAUAUUUUCGGAAGAGAUACUGAAACGAUUAAAUCUCGACUUUGAACAACAUCAAGAAAAAAAUUUACAAAAAUAUGUGUCUAUUGGUCUUGUAAGUGAAUUCCAAAAUGAUGUGCCACAUUUUAUUCAUGGUUCUUUUACUGAAUACUUAGUUGCGACAUUUUUUUCAAAAAAUUUAAAUACCUUUUGUGAUAUACUUGGUGACCUAAUAUUCGACGCAAAGUAUAAUAAUGUUCGUUUUUUUUUCGACAUGUUGUUAGUCAAAAAUUGUAAAGCUCACAUUGCUGUCUUGUAUAAGAAAUAUGAACUGCUUAAAACUUAUGAUGAAGAAACUUUAACAUGCAAGGAUAAAGGCGGUAGAAGUGCUUUACAUCUGAUUUCUUCAUGGGGACAAAGACAUCCGCGUUUAAAAAUAACGGUUGAAAGUGGAAAAUGUAUUGUUCAUGAAGAUAGCAAUUUUGAUAAAGAAGCGGAAACCAAAGCAUAUUUUGAAACAGUUAUAUUUUUGCAGGGCAAGAAUAAUAUUGAAGAACACGAUAGUUUGCUAGAUACGACACCGUUGUCUUAUGCCAGAAAAAGUGAGAGUUUAGGGGCGGAAAUAAUAUUACUUCAAGCAAAAAAAAAUGUACCGAAUUGUCAGUCAUUUUCUCUUAACGAUAUAAUUAAUAUUUUAUAUUAUUCUUCUUUACUUGGAUACGAUCAAGUGUGCGAGCUGUUUACUGUCCAAGAAAAUAAAACAAGGAAAAAUCGCGGGUACGAAACCACAUUUGUUACUGAGGAACAUGCUGAAACACCUCUAUUAUUAGCGAGUAAAAGUGGUCACCUGAAAAUUGUUAAAUACUUGUUACAUUUAAAUGACAAAAUUAACAAAUCCAAUAAAUUUUGUGAAACACCACUUCACGCUGCGUCCGAAAACAGCCACAAAAAGGCUUUAGAAUAUUUUCUGAAUGUCGGUGAAGAAAUCAAUCACAGCAUUGUUGAUGGCUCUUUGGAGUGCUUAGUGGCGGCAGGCGCUGAAAUUAAUCAAGGUAAUAUACAUGGGGCGACACCACUUUUCGUUUCUUCUGAAAUGGGUCACGAAGAAAUUGUCGAAUACUUGGUGACAGUCGGCGCUGAAAUCAAUCGCGCUAGGAUUGACGGUACGACACCACUUCACAUAGCGUCAUUCAACGGUCACCGAAACGUUGUCGAAUACUUGGUGACAGCAGGCGCCGAAAUAAAUCGCGCAAUGCAUGAAGGUGCCACAUCACUUUUACUAGCUUGCCAAAACGGUCACCAAAAAGUUGUCGAAUACUUGGCGUCAGUCGGCGCCGAAAUCAAUCGCGCUAAAAAUGGCAGUGUGACACCACUUUACGUAGCUUCACAAAGCGGUCACGAGAAAGUGGUCAAAUACUUGGUGACAGUUGGCGCCGAAAUCAAUCACGCUGAUGAAAACGCUGUGACACCACUUUACGUAGCUUCAGGAAACGGUCACGAGAAAGUUGUCGAUUACUUGGCGACAGUCGGUGCCGAAAUCAAUCGCGCUACGAAUGACGGCUGGACACCACUUCACAUAGCCUCACAAAAUGGUCACGACAAAGUUGUCGAAUAUUUGUUCACAGUCGGCGCCGAAAUCAAUCGCGCUACGAAUAACGGUUGGACACCACUUCACGCAGCUUCCUUCAAGGGUCAUGAAAAAGUUGUCAAAUACUUGUCCACAGUCGGCGCCGAAAUCAAUCGCGCUAGGAAUAACGGUUGGACACCACUUCACGCAGCUUCCUUCAAAGGUCAUGAAAAAGUUGUUGAAUACUUGGUGACAGUCGGUGCCGAAAUCAAUCGCGCAAUGAAUGACGAUGCGACAUCAAUAUUCCUAGCUUCACAAAACGGUCACAAAAACGUUGUCGAAUACUUGGCGACAGUUGGCGCCGAAAUUAAUCGCGCAAUGAAUGACGGUGUGACAUCACUUUACAUAGCUUCACAAAACGGCCACGAUAGAGUUGUCGAAUAUUUGGCGACAGUCGGCGCCGAAAUCAAUCGCGCUGAGAAUGACGGUUGGACACCACUUCACAUAGCUUCCCAAAACGGUCAUCAAAAAGUUGUCGAAUGCUUGUCCACAGUCGGUGCCGAAAUCAAUCGUGCUAAUAAUAACGGUUCGACACCACUUUUCCUAGCUUCCCAAAACGGUCAUCAAAAAGUUGUCGAAUACCUGGCGACAAUCGGCGCCGAAAUCAAUCACGCUCGGAAUGACGGUUUGACACCACUUCACACAGCUUCUCUCCACGGUCACGAAGAAGUUGUCGAAUACUUGGUGACAGUCGGCGCAGAAAUCAAUCGCGCAGUGAAUGACGGGGUGACCGCACUUUACCUAGCUUCACAAAUGGGCCACCAAAAUGUUUUCGAAUACUUGGCGUCAGUCGGCGCCGAAAUCAAUUGCAAUGCCCUCGGAAUGACGGUUGGACACCACUUCACAUAGCUUCACAAAACGGUCACAGAAAAGUUGUCGAGCUUUUAAAGAAGGUCGGGCCUUCUAGAAGGAAUCCUACGAACGAGAACUUUUUCAAAAGUUUGAAUGUAGCAAAAAGUGUUUGCAAUUUUUUUUAAUCUUCAGUCAGCGCUGGUUAUUUUACAAAAGAUAUAAUUCAUGUAUCACGUGAUCGAUUUUAUCCAAUAGAUAAUGUUAAUAUUCUUAGAUACAAUCAGAGCUGGCGCUAGGUAUUUUACCGCACGGGACAAAGUGAAUCUAUACCGCCCCUCCACUUUGUGAAUUAUAUUUUUUAUAGAUAUACCUACGUAUAUAAUAUAUAUGUAUCUUAACUACAUACUUUUAGAUAUACACUGAUGAUCGUCACAAGAGAAAAUUGAAAUGUUAUUUGUAGAUAAUUACAUAUGUACACACUUUAUAGUUAUUUACACAGUCGCGCUGUUGACACAAAAUUUAAAAGGAAACUUUUUGUGCUUUAAUUGCAGAAAAUUCCCUCACCAGUUUUUUAUAAUCUAUGUUUUGUCCUUACGCGAGUUAGGUCAUCCGGCCUAUAUGCAAGGACGAGACGGCGGGCGGACUCAGCAUUUCUUAAUAAUAUAAAUAUGUAUUUUCUACAUUGUAGCACACUCUUAGUCGCACUUGUGUAACGGUCGUAAUAAAGCUUUUUAGUUUUUAAAAACCUAAUUUGUGGACCCCCGAAUUUAAGUCGCGUGUUCAAUCAAAAUAAUCGCCAAGUCUUGUUUCAGGCAUUAUUAAGCGUAAGUAAUUUUUUAUCGAUUUUAGCUUCAAAAAACUUCACUCAGCACUGACCACACUGAUAGGUAAUGUUAGUAAAAUACUCGGUACCACAGCAACACUCAUAACAAACACUUUUGUUCUGAGUUGGAAUGAAAAACGUUUUUUCCAAAACCAAACGCAAAAAUAAUAAUCUACUUUAGCCUGAAAUCAAUGAAAACGUAUUGUCAGCGUAUAAAUACCAGAACAAAGAAAAAAUUAGGAAAAAAAGAACUUAAAAAUUCCUUUACCUCGCCUCUGCUUUUUCUUUGAUAUUCACGACUGAGAAGUGUACUCAAUUGUAUACGUUUUUCGCAACUAGUAUUAUUGAGUUUGAGCAAAAAUUAAAAAUUAUUAAUAACCGUACACACACUAUUACGAAUAAAAUAAGUCUUUGAGGUAAAAUAGAAUUGUGUUUUCUCUUUUAUUAACUGAACAAAAAGCAACGCAUUAGACCGUUUAGCAUCUUCCUCAAUAUUUUCCUGAGUGAUUUUGACGACAAUUUAAAGACGCAAAAGAAACAACCAAGAAAAGAAUAUUUAAGUUAAAAAUAAGAAAUAAUUUAGAAUUGCCUCACCAGUCACAAAUUGUAACAAAAAGGUGCAAUUUAUCGUAAAUUUAGCCCUGUUAUAGAUUGGACUACAAGUAAAGCUGUAUACGUAUCUGUACCGAAGCAAAGGUGCACACAAACAAAAAGAAAUUAUGAAAUACGUCCAAUCUUCUAGAAAACAUCAAGUGACUCAAGUGAUGAAAACGGCUCCUUGUACUAUGGGUUUGUUCCAUGAGUGCAUACCGGACAUCCAGAGACCCCGCCAGAGUGGUUAUCCCGAGCAUCAUUUCGUGAAACAAGAAAAAACCUCCAUCGGAAGUUGGGCAAAAAAUUACACAAAUCUGCUGAAAACAAUAAGAAAUUUAUCGACACAAAAUCAAUUCCACCUUCCGAAGGAGUUUAUUAACUUAUUUGGUUGUUAGUUAUAGUAGUAUAUUUCGAUUUGCAAUUUUUUAGUUUAUCAAUGUAACAUACAAUAUUACGUUUUUCGUGUAAUUAAAGUAUAAAUUGUAAUAAA